AUGGAUCUGGGAGUAGUAGGACUCGGUGUAAUGGGAGAGAAUCUCAUCCUGAACAUAUUGGACAAAGGAUAUUCGGUGGGAGUGUACAACAGAACAGUGCAGAAGACAGAUGCAUUCAUUGGGAAAACAUCCCAUAAAAAUGCCAAGGGAUUUGGCUCUCUUUCGUCCUUGGUCCAAGAGCUUAAGGCACCCAGGAUACUUCUUCUGAUGAUUACUGCAGGAAGCCCCGUGGAUGCUUUGCUGAAGCAGCUGGAAGGACUGAUAGGCAGUAGCGACAUUGUAAUAGAUGGAGGCAACUCUAACUACCACGAUACUAUGCGCAGGUGCACUGCAGCUGAAGGCAAGUACUUAUUUGUAGGGUGUGGAAUAUCUGGGGGAGAAGAGGGAGCUAGGUAUGGGCCAUCGAUAAUGCCGGGAGGAUCGCAUGAGGCAUGGCCUGCAAUUAGCUCCAUUCUUCAGAAAAUAUCCGCAGUGGAUGAAAGCACGAAUGAGCCGUGCUGUGAGUGGAUAGGGCCAUCAGGCAGUGGUCACCUAGUGAAGACAGUGCAUAACGGGAUAGAAUAUGCAGAGAUGCAGAUAAUCGCUGAUUUCUACCAGAUAUUUAGAGGAGGUUUGUCGCCUGCUGAGAUAUCAGGAAUAUUCGGAGAGUGGAUGAAAAGCGGCACUUCAGGGUUUCUGAUUGAAGCUGUGCAGGAUAUUCUGCAGAAAAAGAUCGAUGGAAGCGACUGCUAUCUGAUAGAUCGUGUUGUGGAUAUAUCUGAGCAGAAAGGAACAGGGAAAUGGACGGUGCUUGAGUCAUUUGACACGAACACUCCUACGCCCGUAAUAGUAGAAGCAGUUACAGCGCGAGUACUAUCAUCCAUGAAGGAAGAAAGAGUUGCAUCCUCGAAGAUGCUCCCCGUAGGCGCAGAAGAUGAGCCAUCUCUGAUGGGUGCGCUGUCAGUUGAUGAGAUGAGAAAGGGAUUCCUUCUGUGCAGGGCUCUAUCAUACAUCCAGGGCUUCAACUUAAUUAAGUCUAUUUCUGACGCGAACUCCUGGAGCAUUUCCCUGGAUAUGCUCUGCCGGGUGUGGAGCAAUGGCUGCAUUAUAAGAAGUGAAUUUUUAAAAACGCUUACAACAAUCAGCAAAAGCACGCCUUUUUUCCAUUCUAGCAGUUUCAUAGAGAUAGCAGAGAACGGGAUUGCUCCUCUAAGAAAGAUUGUCAGUUAUUGCACAAGGCAGGGCGUGAGCAUUCCCUGUGUAUCAUCGUCUCUUACCUAUUACGACACCAUCCGCACUAGCAAGUCAUCAGGAAAUAUGAUACAGGCGCUCAGAGACUACUUUGGAGCGCACACGCUCCUACUAGAAGGAGAGAGCGAAAGGACACAUAUCUCCUGGAAAUAA